GAAUAGCUGAUCAAGGUUUCUCUUCUGUUAUUGGUCCAGCUUCAAUGCCUUUUGUAAAAGAUACAGGAAUUGCUGGGCAUUCUCGAAAUCAUGAAUUCUCCACAUAUAAUGCUGCAAAGCCAAUCGCUGAUGCCCAACACAGAGUAAGUGAACACUCUCAUGACGGUGCAUCUGCCCUUAAAUUUGGAUCACAUGGUUUUGCUGCUUCCCAAGGUGGUGCGAAAGUUUCUUUCACCAAGGAAGUUCCUACUAUUGGCACAUUCUGAGCAUUUUAAGUCUACAUCCACCCACCAAUCCACCCAUGGGCCAGUGAAACCAGCAACUGGAACUCUUCACAGUGAAACCACUGGACAAUCCCAUGGUGCCUUUACAACUGUCUACAAGGCUGGAAGAACUAGCUUUUCCACGCCGCACGGCCAAGGGCAAAUUACUUUCACCAAGGAAGCUGCCUCUGCAACUCUUCAACCUGGUCGACCAAAAGUAGCUCCGUUCGCAAAGUUCACUGGAUUGAAACCAGAAGCUGCACAUUUUGAUAGAACCUCAGGAGUUCAGUCUCAUUCUUCAGAAUCCUUAGACGACGCCAAAUCGCAUGGUUUUUCUGAAAUACAUAAAACAACUGAAAUCACUUUCGUCAAGGAUGUCCCAGCUUCACCCGGAUUUUCUAGUCACUUUGAAAAUGCACCACUGCUAUCUACUUUUGGAGUCGCAAAGCCACAAUCUGCAUCUCAUAGCAAAGUACUUGCAGGACAAACUCAUAGCACAAGAGCCAUCCAGAAAAGCAGCGGACAGGGCUUCUUUGCAAUAAGUGGUCCAUCUCAAAUUUCCUUCACAAAAGAUUUUACACCCACAAGUCAUUCUUCAGGUGCUGUUGGUCCUUCCACUCAUCCCAAAACUGGAAGUACUGUGUCCUUAAAUGCAGCCGAUAAACUGGCCUUUCCAGCUUUCGAAACAUUUUCUACCUCAUCUGCAUCAGGAUCUCCUAAAUCCACACAUCAGGUCUCUGGUCAGUUUCAUAGCGCUGAGAGAAGUAAAGUUUCCACAUUAAGUUCAAGUUUCGCUAAAAAGCCUGCUCAAGGAGAACUUGAUGCAGGUUACCAUAAAAGUUCUGCCCUUGUUCAACCAGCUGAAAUUCCCGGAGUAAGUUAUAUUGAUGAUAAAUCGCCUGUUUCAGAGCACACAAUUGCAUCUGCUCAUUCAGGAGGCUAUUCAGGUGGAAAAUCGACAAUUCAAGGCCACUCUUUCUCUAUCCCAGUAAGCGGAGAAAAAUCGAUUACUUCUGAAAAAGCCUUCGUUCUUGUUCCAGAAGAUAGCAUUGCUUCUGGAAAAUCUUCUGGGCUUUUAACUCUGUCUAAAUCUGACUUCUUGAAUGCAGGUAAAGAUACUCAUUUUGCAGGUUCUUUGGUGUCUGCUGGAGGAAGUGGUUAUGAUAAAUCUUCAAAACACUUUACGGGUAUUGAAACUGGAACAUUAGGACAUUCUUCUUCAGCUUUUAAGCAUACAUCUACUGAUAUUCCAGCUACAGAAAGAUACCAGUUACAGAAAGAUAAAUCUUCUGCCUGUAAGCAUACAUCUUUAGUUGCUCCAGAGCAUGCAUCAUUUUCUAGUUCAGAAAAAGGAUAUGAAACACCUACAGUCGGUACUCUUAACAGCCAACGGUAUUCUUCAGCGUUUUCCCCUACUUCUCACUAUGGGUCAGCUAUUAGUGACUUGUCGGGUGCUCACGAAGUUCAUGGUCAAAUUUCCAACGUUGCUCCUCUCUACACCUUUAAGUCUGACAGCUACCCUACAUAUGCUUAUGAAUCUCAAUCUAUAAUCAGCCCUUAUACUUAUUCUCACUUUUAUAGUUCCUAAUCUCACUGUAGAAACCACAGUUCCAAGGUUUAUCUACUGAAAAAAAAUGGUCUAAAGAUUUGGGAAGCUGCGCGACUUCGAAUUCGUCAAGCAAGGAUGUUUAUUUAAUGAAUAUUAAAGAUUUUAAGUUCACAGAGAGAUCUUAAGUUUUAAAAACUUCUCUGAUAAUGCUGGAAAUAGAAGUUACUUAUUAAAUUAUGUGCAUUUGUAAGGGAUAUGUUCAAUUUCAUUAAAAAUGUUUUCAUUCAAGGAAAUGAGGUACGAUAUAAAUGGAGGUUCUGUGUUUUAAAUGUUAAUUUUUUGUAUGUAAAGUAUUAAGUAAUAAAAUAUCCUGCAUGAA